AUGAGCGUAAUCAAAGAUGAUCGUCGGCGUUUGAAUAGUGAACAAUCAAACUAUGAGGAAGAUACGCCUGAAAAAGUUGAAAAAGUAGAUAUAUCAGGUGGAAAAUUUGAAAAAGUGCUUACGAUAUCAGCAGGCGACAGUGUUGAUUUUGAACUAAAAGAAGACUCGAAACAAUAUGAUAUUAUUCAAGUUUAUCGUGAUGGAUCGGAUUUUUAUCCAGUUCCAAAUGGUAUUGAACUUCGGAAUAUUAGCAAGACUGAAAAAGGACGCUUGUCAUUGUCGUUUGAUUUAACAACUGACGAAAAAGAACGAGAAAUUUAUUUCUAUAUUAUUUUGUCAGACAAUAAUAUUAAAACAAAUGUAAGACAAAAAUAUUCGAGGGAUGCAUGUGAAAAUAAUAAAAUUAUUAUUAAACCAGUUGUAACAAAAUUUUCGUUUACGGAUAAAGAAGAUAGCCAAAAAGUUUAUUUACGAAAAGGUGAUAUUUUAGAAAUUGAUUGGGCCAGUACAACAACAGAAUACUAUAUUGAAGAAAAAAAAUAUUGUCCAAUAUCAGGCGGUUUUUAUACGAUCACGAACAAUAGUAAUCAAACACAAAAAUCAACAUUAAAAGGAAUAUUUAAAAAAGAGAUUAAUCAAUUAGGAAUAUCUUAUUUUAUACGUCUUGCCAAACAGAAAACUGAAUCCAAUCGUUUGAUGUAUUAUAUACACGAUAUCCUUGUAUGUAUUGUUCAAAACAAUUAUAAAUAUAAAUAUGUUCAACUAACGAAUGAUAAUGGUAUCGAAUCAAAACCAAUAUGGAUUGAUGAAGAUGAUACGAUUAUUUGGGAAUGGGAUACGAAAAAGAAACAAUCAAUUACGCAGGUUGAUUCAUAUAGAAAUAAUGAUAAUGAUCAAUAUACAGAAUUCUGGAUUCCGUUAAAAACAGAAUCUGAAAACAAUUUUUUUUGGGCAUUUCCGCCAAAUAAGCGUGGUAUGAUGUGUCAUCAAUUUACCAAGCCAGGUGUCUAUUCUUAUAAGGAUGCUCUGAAUAAUAUUAGAACAGUUAUUGUUCAAGCGCGAACAGAAUUUUAUUCAAUAUCAAUUUUAGACGAUAAAUUAGUUCAUAAAGUGUCAACAAAUCAUAUGAUUCAAUUUUAUUGGGAUACACAGAAACAAAUUUCAGAAUUUUCAAUUAUAAUUGAUCCUGUUUCAUCCGUUGUUCCUGAAGCAAUUAGCGGAUUAACAGGAAUAUUUGAUUGUGUUAAUCAUAACUGUCAACGAGUCGAUGAAUUAGUUAGCCAUCAUUUUUACAAUUGUAAAACAUUUUUAAUGACUAUACCAGUACAUGGAUUAUACAAUUUUAAAUAUUCAAAUUCAAGUGAUAAUAGACUUAUGAGUAUUGUGGUUGAAAAUGCAAUUGAUAAUUAUACUGUUCAGUGCAAUGAUACAGGUUUUAAUCCUCCAACUUUAUUCAUUACUCAAUUAGAUUUUCUUUGGUUCGAAUGGAAGACAGGAACAUUAAAACAAUUAUAUCAAAUAAAUAAAUAUGGAAAUAUAAGUGAAAAUAGUUUUAAUUUUAAAUCAAACAAAAAUGAUUCACAAUAUUUAAUGAAACAAUUUGAUCGAAUUGGUGUUUAUUAUUUUACAAAUAUUAACAAUGAUCAAUAUGACGAUAAACAAGAAAAGACAACAAUUGAAUUAAAAACAUUAGUCAAUCCAGUAUUAACAAUUAUUGUAUUACCCGAAAUUAAAUUUCAUUAUAAACUUAUACAAAAACAUGAUUUUGAUUUACAACCAAUAGUAACAAAAUUACAUGAUUUUGUUAUAUGGGAAUUUUCUGAACCUAUUCAACAUAAUGUUAUACAAUUAAUAGAUACAGAGAAUAUAAAUGAUUUAAUAUCGUCUCAUAAUCGAGCUGUUAAAGGACAAAAUCGACAAUGUUUAGCAAUGGAAUGUGUCGCUACGGGCACUUAUUAUUUUGCUAAUCCAGAUUUUGAAAAAAUUGUAUCUUGGGAUCAAGAUUUACUUAUUUCGGUCAUUGUUAUUGAUCCACCAUUUAGUAAUGCAUGUUUCUAUGUAACAAAUACACAGUUUAUUCCCAAUAUUCUUUACAUUGCUCAACGUCAACAAGUUGAUGUGCCAUUUAAUCAAUAUGAGUUCGAUACAAAUUAUUUAUACACAUUCUAUGAAUGUGGCACAUAUCAAAUAACAUCAGAUCGCUUUCAAGAAUCAGCAACAGUUGUUGUAUAUUCCGAAAGUUCUAUCAAAACGUACAAAAGACGUUUACAAGAGCCAAAAGUUGUUGGAGAGCUUCCGAUUUCUUGUCCAUUUGGUGAUAAAAUUCGAUUAGAAUCUCCAGAUCGAUUUGUGACAAUUUAUUAUACACUUGACGGCCGCAUUCCAACAAGACGACAUGAAGAUGUUCAAAUUUACAAUCCUGAUGAACGUAUUUCAUUAGUGAAACCUGGUUUACUUGUUAUUCGAGCUUAUUCAACUGAAGAUCAAAAAUUAGCAAGUGCUGUAACAACGACAUGGCCUAUACUUGUGAUGGAAAAUGAAGGACUUAAUAAUGCUACAACAAUGUGGAAAAAUUGUAACAUAAGUUUAACAGCUUCGUUAGCACGGCCAAAUAAAAUCUAUGGAGAAAUUCAUGUUGAACCAGAAUAUUGUGAUUUGAUCGAUCAUUUUGAACUUUAUGUGGACGAUGUUGCACGAGGAACAAAUUUGAAUUCAUAUGAAUUAAAUUUUGCUGCUGGUGGUUUUGCUGGAGCUGUUACCGAUCAAUCGAGCACAAUAUUUCUUAUGUGGGCUCACAUCGGUGAUCAUGUUAGCGAAUAUGCUAUUUAUGUGGAUAAUAUUGACACAAAACAUCUUACUGAAAAAGAGUUUAAAGAUUUUUUUGGAAUAAAAUUUCUUGGAGCAACUCCAAAAAAGAAAUACUCAGUGCACGUAGAAGCAAAAUUGAAUGAUAGCAAUCAAAUUCUGAAAUCAAACGUCAUGUCGGUAAAACUACCAUUAGAAAUGCCAUUGAAAGAACAAAUAAUAGAUGGUUAUUUUCCGUACAUCAGUAUUAAUACGGAUAAACCAACGCCUGAUAUGAAUUUGGAAACAAUUAAAUUUGAACGCUCACAAUCCAAAGGAAAAGAAGCAGAAUACACAAUUCUAAGCUUACCCAUUAAUAAUAUUCUUCGACAUGUUGUACCAACUCUCUCAUUCAAACGUAACAACAAUGGUAUUACAUUGUAUUGGACAAAAAAGACACCGUUAACACAAGAUUCCAUUGAAAACUAUAGGAUUAUGCUUGAUAACAAAGAAUAUGGUCCUCCGAUUUCACCAUACGAUGAAAAAAAAUUUCAGGUCAAUCUAGAACCUGGAAAACAUGAAUGCUAUGUUUCCGUCAUACCUAAAGAUGAAACAGAAGAAAUUUUGAAAACAAAUGUUCUUAAAAUUGAUGGACCACGAGAAAUUCAAGUUAAAAAAAAAGAUAGUUCUUCAUCUAGUUCAAUUGAAAAAGCUUUACCACAACAAGAUAGACCAAUACCAAAAUUGAGUAUACAAAUCAUUAGCUCAUCAGCUAUCAGAACGAAUUGGUAUAUGGAUCGACCACUUCAACAAGAUGUCUAUUUAGCCAUGUAUGAAGUACAUGUUCGUGGAACUGAUUUUCCAGAAAAAAUGAAAAGUGAUGAAAGUUUUACGAAUAAUGGAUCAACCGAACAUGUGUGGUUCGUCAUUAAACCUCCUCUAGAAAUAGAAGGUAUCUCAGAGCAAAUUAAUUAUACGAUAUUUGUUCGUGCUUUCUUCCAUAUGAUUGGAAAUACCGAUAUAAAAUAUGUGUCUACAACAUCAGUUGAGCUGAAUACAUCACAGUUAGAUCCGUUGGCAGAAUUACUCAUUCGUCCAUUACUUAAAGUUUCACAAAUUGGAAAUCAAAGUGUUACUAUUGUAUGGUCAAUAGAUCCGUCGGUCGAUAAAUCAUUAAUUAAAGGUUAUCGUUUAAUCAUCAAUCGGAAGCCAAGUGAAAUUUUUACACCAAAUCAAUAUGAAUAUGAAUUAAACAAUAUAUCACCUGGCAGUACAAAUGAAAUUCAAGUAUCUGUUACAUCACACCCAGAUUGGAUUAAUGAGAAGAUUUCUGAAUCCGUACACAUUUUUUGUCCAAAAAAGCCUUCACCGCCGAAAAUUAUCGCUUAUCAGUCAAUGAAAUUACAUGGUAUUGCAGUCAAAUGGGAAAGAGAGAAUGAUGAUAUAGUUUCAUACAAAAUUUUUCUCGAUGAAAAACAACAUGACGAAUUACAAACAAAUGAUCGUACAUCAUUCACAUAUGAAAUUAACAAUUUGAAACCAGGUCAAACAUAUUCAUUCUAUAUAAAGGCUGUAAUUGGUCAAAAAAAAUUGGAGGGUUAUAUAUAUCAAUGUCAGAUAGAAAGUCUACCAUCGAAUGAAUUGUCUCUGAAAUGUUCAGCUCCACCUAAAAUUUCACCACCACGUCUAGAACGAAUGUCUAGUCAUGGCAUUGAUAUUGUAUGGGAUACACCUGUCGAAUAUGGUGAUGCUAAAUUAACGGGCUAUCAAAUAUUGAAAGAUGGAAAAGCUGUUGGCAAACAAUUGCCGGUCGAAAAAUGUCAUGCUACAAUAACAGAUUUAGAAGUUGGUAAUCGUUAUUCUAUACAAGUUGUACCAUUGAUAGAUCAUCCAAGUAGAAAGUCAUUUCAAAUUGGAGAAGAAUAUGAUCCUGAGAGACAUUGUCAUGCAGGACCAACACUAGAUGUUGAAUAUACAGAUUUAAUUGAAAUACCCGAAAAAAUUUGGAUUGAAAAUGCAAAAGGACACGGAGCCGUUGUUUGUUGGACACCAUUAAAUAGUUCAUUAAGUGUCAACACACUACCAGAUAGCUAUAAAUUAUAUUACUGGUCUCGAGAUCAAACUCGUAAUGAAGCAACAAUAUUACAAGUAUCUAGUGAGUAUGAUUCGAUUAUUAUGUGCAAAACAUUGUUAAACAAAUACAUUAUUUUAGAAACCGAAACAAACAAAGAUUUAACUGAUCUUAAAUCAUCAACUGGAUAUGAAAUUAUUUUAGAAGGUUCAAAACGACGUCAACAAUAUGUUGUUGUUGCAACAUCAAAUUCAAUAACAUUGUACACCGGUUCUCCACCAGAUCCUCCCACAUCUUUUCUAGUCAUAGCCUGUACAAACAAUGCAGCUCGCAUUUCUUGGGAUUCAUUUUUAGAGCAUAACUCUGAAAUCGUUGCUCUACGAAUAGAUUGUGUCGCUGCUAAUCAAUCAUUACAAGAUAGCCGGCAUCUGACACUUGAAUUGACACCAGAUUCAACAGAAGUUAUUUUACCAAAUCUAUCUGAACGUACAGAAUAUAUAGUAACAGUUACAGCUAUAACAGAUGAAUAUUUAUUUAAAAAUAAAAUCCGUGAUAUAUCACAACUACCAAAAAAAUUAAAGCCAGAUAAAUGGUUACCAAAUAAAAGUUUAAACUUUACAACCGGUGGUGCUGAAGCGGCAACCAAAUUACAAUUUAAAGUUCGUAAUUUUGAUUCAAUUCAAUUAGAUUGGACACAGCCAAAAGCAUAUGGUUCAACACGUCUUAUUGGUCAAUGUAUUCGAUGGAUGCUUGAGAAUAGUAAUGAGCAUACAUUAGAUAUUGAUCCAUUAACUACAUCAACAGUCAUCAAUGGACUAUUACCGUCAGGUUAUUAUACGAUAAAUUUAGAUUCGAUAUUUAGUGUAAAAAUUAAUUUGGAACCAGAUAAUAAUAAUGACAGUGGAAGAAAACAAGUACUACAUUCAACAAAUGAAUUAACCAUGCUUCAUUUUCAAAUGCCAGCUAUGUGUGAAAAACCUGAAUUAUAUUUGACAGGAUACAGUACAAAAACAAUUAAUUUUGCAUGGAAUAAACCAAACAUGUUCACUGUUAUUGAUCAUCCAGAAAAAGUACAUGAACAAGUUAAAUUUCAUCGUCAUUUAUUGGAAUAUCGAAUUGAUGUCAAUGGACAGAGACAGUGUACACUUAAUAAUGAUCAACAUCAAUAUACAUUAACAGAAUGCAUACCAACUAAGGAAUAUAAAGUUCAAUUAUAUGCUAGAACAGUAUUGCAAACAGACUCUGAAAGUGACAAGUUAUCAAUAAAACCUAAAGAUACAACUGAUGAUGAUGCGGACGAGACACCAUCAAAAAAAUUUCGAAUUCGUACAUUAAGUGGAAAAGAUAUACUAAAAUCUUUACAAGCCAAUUUUGAAUUUUAUGAUUCUGUUAUCAAUGAAAAUAAUCGUGAAAAAAAAAAUGACGUAAAAUCGUUGGGAAAAAUACGUAUACAAUGGACUGUCACAGAGAAACGAAAUAUAUCACAUUAUAUUUUACAAUGGCGUUCGUCCAAAGACCUACGUAUUCAACAAUUAACUUUAAAUAAUAAUGAAGUAGAAUAUGUAUUAGAUUCAUGUGAUGAAAAACAUUUUUAUACUAUUGAAUUAUUUAUUAUCACAAAUGAUGGUACACGAAAACAAUAUAAUCAAUUAAUAGUACCUGUGCCCGGAGCACCAGAUGCACCCAAAUUAUGGUUAGUUAAAACAACCGAUGAUAAUUUCAUUAUUGAAUGGUCAGAACCAAAAUCAUAUGGAAUACCAAUUAUUGGCUUUCAGUUGUUCAUUGGAGGAAAGAAAGCAUAUGACAUCAUUAAAGCUAAUCUUAGACGAGCUGAAAUUCCAUCAUACAUCAAUCGUACAUAUCAAGUUAGUAUAUGUGCUGUGACAAAUAAUCCACAACGAAGUCUAUCUGCCAAGUCUCAAACCCUAACUAUCAUUACAACAUCCUCAACAAAUUUAGCGCCAACAGCAUCUUUUGAUAAUACUAAUAACGAUAUUUUCAAUAAAACUUUUGCACGUACAAUUCCAGUACAAGUCGAUUCGAUCAAUGAAGAAAAGUUAUACGUUGAUUGGUCGUCAUUUCUACCAUCAAAGGAAAUUCGAGCUUACUACAUACAAUACAGAUGUUUGAAUAAUGGUGAUAUACGAGCGACAAAAGUGUCGAAACGUCAACGACACACGGUUCUGAAAGGAUUAAAACCUACUUAUACUUAUGCAAUUAUAGUAAUGGCUGUAGAUAAAAAUCAUGGUGUUCUUUAUACGUCAGAUAAAACAACUGUUCAGAUGUUAGCACCACCAAAUGCACCAUGGGUAACUAUCCGUGAUCGAGCAAUUGAUCAUGUUACAAUCGAAUGGAAAUCAUCUAUGAGUAAUGAUGAUCUUAAUGUGAUUGGCUAUAAAAUAUUUAUUAAUAAUAAACUGGCAGCUAUACUUUUAUAUGAUCAGUUAGCGUAUACUUUAUCAAAUGGUACUCCAUGUGAAACAUAUACAAUACAUGUACAAGCAAUAAGUAAGGACAAAACAAUAACAAGUCCAAUGUCACAUAGUUUACAGUUUACGUGGCCUGGAAUACGACCAGGACGCUUGCGUCGGAUAAACAAUGAUCAAUUGGGUCCAAUAACGAUUGCCUGGGAUGAUCCUCGAUUGGAGGAAAGCGACAAUUUAGUUGCUUUUAAGGUGUUUUCUGAAAAUGCAGCCACUCAUCAAAUACGGACACAUGGUGAUUGGGAUAGUACAACUCGUCAAGCACAAAUUCAUGGUUUAUCCAAUGGAAAAUAUCGUAUAUGGCUCGAAAUACAAAGUACUCAGUAUAGUGUUCGUUCAAGACCACUAUCGGUGUUAAUAGGGAAAUCUACUUCUCAACUACAUCGUCGGUCGUCAUUUGAUGCAGCAAAAUGUUAUUAUGGAAAAAGACAAAAACCGUAA